ACGCAUGUGCUCUACAAAAAGCGAGAACAAGGAUUAACUGAUUAAUCCACCAGCGGGAGCCUGCUCUAGGAAGAUCAGGUUGCAAUCCUGCCUUUGUAGUUUUACACCACACCCCUUCAACGUGAAUUAGUAGGGGAGGAUCAUAUUCAGGAAUUCUUUCUUUCUUCAACAACUGUAGCUAGGAGUUGGGAAAGAUGAAAGGAAGAAAGAAGGGGUGUUCCUUACCUUUAACCUUUAUCUUGCUGUUCGUCUGUAUCACUGGACAUGCAACUACUGACUUACAUGACAGCGAUGAGGAGGAUAUUCUGGGUGCUGCUUUGCCACCAUUGAAACUAGGGCAUUCAGUCUGUGCCAUGAAAGCAGAUGAAGGUCCAUGCAAAGCAAUCCACCUGCGCUAUUACUUCAAUAUUCAAAGCCAUGAGUGUGAAAUAUUUGAAUAUGGUGGAUGCCAUGGCAAUGAGAACAACUUUCUAACACUGGAAGAAUGUCAGAAGAAGUGUGUGGUAACAGAAUUGCCUCGGAAGAUGAUGUUAGCAAAAAUUAAGAAAGAAAAGCCCAAUUUCUGCUUUCAUGAGAAAGACCCUGGAAUCUGCCGAGGCUAUUUUUCCAGGUAUUUCUAUAACAAAGAGACAAAGUCAUGUGAAGUAUUCAAGUAUGGUGGGUGCCUAGGAAACCAGAACAACUUCAAGGAUUUGGAAGAAUGCCAGAUUACCUGCCAAGGCAACUCAAAUUUAUUGCCAAUCAUUCCAGCUGAAGAGCAUCCUAACACUGUGAACAGUAGUUCCCCAGCAGAAGAACCCAACCAGUUCCCUGGGAUUUUUGUCAAUUUGUUGCCAACUGCUCCAAAUGACGAGAAGUCCAAUACUCUGAACAGUAGCUCCCCAAAGGAGAAGCGCAACCAGUUUCCCUUUUUUUUUGUGUCCAGGUACUUCAGAUACCUCAGGUUCAUCUUCCAGUGUUUCAGUUCUCAUACUCUCACUUGCAGCGACACUGAAGAAACAAACCGUCAGCCUACUUCUUCGAAUGAACCACCUCCUAUCCCUUCUUUGUGCAUGACCCCUAUGGACAGAGGGCUUUGUAGAGCCAAAGAGUUAAGAUUUUUCUACAACUACUCAACUGGAAGAUGUCACCCAUUUAGCUACAGUGGUUGUGGUGGGAAUGAAAAUAAUUUCACCUCCAGAAAGUCAUGUUUGAGGAUCUGCAAGAAAGGAUUCAAUAAAAAAAAAGGCGAAAGAAGAUUAAUAAAAAUCAACAAGAAAAGAAAGAAACAGUCAGUAAAGGCUCUGGGCGAGGAAAUAAUCCCUGAAAGAAUACAACUUUGAUUUUUAUGGAAAUUUGUGGUAAACUACUAUCCAUCUGUGAAUGCAAACCUUUAGUGUACAACAUUUAAAUGUAUUUACUGUACUGAUUAUUUUGA